AUGCUGGACCUGCUGUCGCCUCUGCGUGGCUACAUCGCGCAGAGCCUCCAGUUCUACUUGAGCAAGUACAUUGAAGACAUUCAGCUCGAGCGACUGGGGCUUUUCGGCGGCGAUCUCGUGCUCAACGACCUCAAAAUCAAGCGCCACGUGCUGCGCGAGAGUCUCGACAUCCCCUCGAGCUUUGACUUCUCGCGUGGGUUCAUCCGAGAGCUGCGGAUCCACAUCCCGUGGACGCAGCUGCUGUCUCAGCCCAUUGAGGUGAAGCUCUACACGAUUGAGCUCAUUCUGACGGCCAAGAACGAACACAGAGAGCAGCGAGCAGCAAGAGGUACGACGGUGAUGACUGCAGACGAGGCAACGGACGAGCAAGAGGAGGAGAGAGGAGAGGAAGAACGGUCCAAGAUGGAGCAUCCGAAGUCCGGGUGGAUUCAUGACACGCUGCAGACGAUUUUGUCCAAUAUCAGCGUCCAAGUGAACAACCUCGUGCUUAAGUACGAGCAUGACGACAUUGUGUUCUCGAUUGCGCUGGGAACAUUGGACUUUUAUUCUGCAAGUGCAAGCAGCGGGUGGACACGUAGCUUUGACCAUCUCAAGAGAGAGCAACGUGUGAUUUGUAAAAGCAUCGACGCAAAAGACGUGACGAUCUUUCUGGAUCGGUAUAUGAGUGCCGAGUGCGGCCCGACGCAGGACCCGGUGCGGCGGAACGUGAUUGGGUACGAAGUGCCGGUGCUGAGUCGGACGUCAGCGUCGGUCCGAGCCAAGCUGCAGCUCUUCCCUAGCACCCUGAGCGACGGUCAGAAUGACCGCAGCGGCAGUCCUAGUUUCUCAAGGCCCGCUGUGCACCAACAACGACAUACAGCGAGUCAUGAUGAUACCGGAAGCAGCAUGCUGGACGUAGGCGAACUGUGUGCACACAGACCGUCUGUGCUAUGUGACCCGUUCUACUUGUACUCUCAUCGCCGCUCAUGCGCGACGCCCAUGUACGAGCUGGAUGUUUUCAUUGGUCAAUUGUCCUUCUCCGUGAGCGACAGACAACUAGAGAUGCUGAAUCAGCUUGUCAAGAGUGCAAGCGCUAAGAUGGACCAGGAUCACAAACUACCUACUCAACGACAUAGUCCAGAAUACGUGCGAAGUGGUAGCAACAAAGCAAGGCGCCCUUCCGUGCCUCACGUUCCUGUGGUCUCCGCUGGAGUUGCAAGUAGAGGUAAGAAAGUGCACAACCUGGCUAAAGAGCAAGAGUCUUGGUUCGGCUGGGCGAUGAACGCUCUGGGUACAGCUGAAGAUGGAAAAGAAGAGGAUGAGCUAGUUUCUGAGCUUCUUGCUGAGACAAGAAGGGCCUUGCUCAAGGUGCAGCCACCAAGCAGCCAUGGCAAUGGGAAUCCGUCGGUCGCCAAUGGACCGAUUACUAAGAUCUUUUGUGUACGACUGUGCAUCAGCUCUGUAUCGAUGAUGUUGCGGAAGCAUGAUAGCAUGAGUCACGAAAAUGAGCAUCAAGACUUUGCGGCCGCCGAAAGCGGCGAAGAGCUCGUUCCAGUUGCAAACCUUGGCAUGGUGAGGGUUAUAGCACAAAAGACAAGAAGAAAGGUAGCCCGACCGGCUAUGCCCAUAUUGAGCAUGUCUCUGAGCUACGUGGCUCUUGAAGUGCUACUACCAUGCAGAGAAGAACAAGACGGAAUGGAUCUGGUGCUCGAGAUUGAUAAGGUCGAGCUGACAUCAGCCACAUUCAGUGAAAAUCGAGAAGACUUGCAAUGCAGAAAAGGACAGGUCUUGCUCACAUGCGGUUCAAGUGAUCUAGUUCACUCCUCUGACAACGUCUGUCAUCCGUACUUCACCAAUUCGUUUUUCCGUGAGGAAGCAACGCGACGAAAUCGACGUGAAGCGCGGAGCGUUGAAAUCGUCAAAGUGAGUUUGGACGCUGGCGUUCCUGCAUGGAAGACGUUGGAACCCAAAGGACACUUGGAUGGCCGUUUGGACCUCCCGUGCGAGUGUUCUACAACAUGGGAUGGUGAGAGUAUUCAUUGUGUCCCGAUAGCCACUUUGUCUCGAAUUUGUCAAGACGCAAUAAGGAGUAUUGGAAUAAAGGAGCGGAUUCUCGAUGAGGGAAUGUUAUCAAACACCGUAUUCAGCGCUUGGGCUUCUCACGGCUCUCCUAUUUCCAUUUCGGAAGGACUGGCCCGCUCUCUCGUCUCGAUCGUGGAGGAGUAUCGCAUCUACCGUAAUCCCGACGUUGGAGCCCUGGACAAUCUGGCCCAGCUACUCCAGCCCCAAUUGAUCUCACUGUUUGCUCGUUAUACGCUGCACACAUGUUCAGCAUCUUCACUCUACUCGUCUUCCGACUGCACCAAUACUCAACACCGGAGUGUUCACUCGGCACUACGCUUGCACCUAUCGUCGACGUCAACCUCCACGGAUCAUAAGAGAUCGCCAGUCAGCGGUCGUACCAAGGAGAAAGCAACAUGCAGGGUGUUGGACGUAUCGAUCGGUGCUGUACAUGCUAUGUUGGAACCCGUAAAGUGUUUGGAGAUAGCGGAAGCAUUGUCCAUCAUUCUGCGCGGGAAUGAAGCUGCUGAUAUAGCCAAGACAACGACAGCAGAUCCGGAAUCCGCGAAACCGGUCACACCUCAUGCAGCACGCAGUAUUGAGUCGGUCCUUGAAAAGGACGUUAAGUUGAUCACGGUCAGCAGUGUUUGUAUAUGCCUGCCAGAUCAAUCUACAGAACAGAAGCAGGGUGAGCUGGACGCUACUUCUCGUGACAAUCUGAUUGUGACCGCGCGCGACUUUGCCUGGUCGGAAACUAGUCACCCGGGUCGCAAUGAGCGUCAUCUACAUCUUGGCACGUUGUCCAUACAUUUGAAACGACCAUCGAGUCAGCUCACGCCGAUGACGCUAGCAGAAGCGCUGGGGUUGGAUUGUUCAGUCACGAACAGCUCUGCUGAUGGGGAUGACAAUGACUGUUUAUGCGGAAAUCUGAACAAAUUGAAGGUUGGUUUCAGUACGUCUGCCGCACAGGAUGUUGCAUCGAUGGUAAACGGCAUAUCACUCCACUUUGGACACUCUAUCACGUGGGAAGCACCGAUUAUGACGCCAAAGAUGCUACAAACCGCUUUUCAGAUUGAAGUGUGCAGGAUGGAGUUUUCUGGGGCAGUUUCGAAUCGACCCAGGCUUGUGGCGGCUCAGCUGAGCGCUGAGGUUGCAUCAAUCAGCGCCAAUCUGACAAGAACAGGGCGCACGAACGAAGUCGUACUGCAAGGCGGUAUUGCCCCGAUGACAGUGAGUAAAGCAGAGUUGACUACUCCACUGUUCAAGCUCGAAGUUAUGCAAGAAAAUUCGUCGGGUGCACUAAAUGAUCUACCGCUUUGUGGCCCGCUCGCUCUUUUUUCGUUGAAUCUUGGACCGCUUGCAACCACGUGUUUGUCUUGCCAUCUUUCGACGAAUGCACAGCUUGCGCGAAUGUUUGCGGACGUGCAAGGUGUCUUACAAAUCGUAGAUGCUGCGUUGGAUCUUGUGCAAAGAGUGAAGGCGAGUUUGCCGCCUCAACAAGAGUCAGACACUCGAGGGCAAAACAGUGCGCAUGAUGCGGUGAAGGAAGAUGUUGUACAAAGUGCUCUAGCUGAUUGGAGUUUUAAAAUUGAUCUGAAAGCUGCCGGUGGAGAUAUACGUGUGAACGAAGCGCUCCGAUUGAAGCUGCCGUUGCUGUCGGUAUCGUCGGUGGAGAUGGACGCUGGACAGUUGGCUCAGGUAAAGACCGGAAAUGCCCUUGCAAUCGAAUGCACGAUGAAAGACAUUAUACUAAGCGCAUCUGAAAGUGGCGUUCUCAAACACAUGGAAGAUUCAAAGGUGCUGGUCAUUCAAGGCAUUCAUGUGUCUACGGCCAUUUCGCGCAGUUUGGCCGACGGCCGUCUCGCGUGCGCAGUCGAUAUGACGCUCUGCGUAUCGAGUAUUCAGGCGUCACUGUCUCGACUAAAGCUUUUGUAUCUCCUGAAAUAUCCUACCCGUGAGGUAAAAGCGCAUUCAAGAAAUUUGCUGCGUCAUCAAGUCCCAGAGCUGCGAAAGCGCGAUGAACCUGAUAUCGGCAGCAAAGAAGCUGCAUACAUUAAGUGGCAUUGGAGGUUAGGGGCUCAGCUGGACCAUGUCAGUGUUUCAUGCACGGCUGAUAUCAGUCGCCAAUCAGCUCGCCGAGACCAAGCGACCCGGGUGGUUGUGGAUGGCAAGAUAGUAAACCUUGCUAUAGCCGCACGUGUCGGCAACUAUCAUCCCAUUCGGAACGAUGUCCGCCCAGCAGUAGAAUGCGGGUGCUUUACAGAUAUCCAGGCGACUGUGGGCGAUGUCCAAGUUUUGGAGAAACUUCAGAAUGCAAGGCGUGGUGUUCACUCUGCGUUCGGUGAAUUCUCGCGCUUGCACGAGCCUGCAUUCCUGGGCAUUCUGGUGUGUCUCGAUCUGUCGGAUUUACAAUGCCUAUCCGAGAGCUUGAGUGUAUCAGAUUCUAGUAUAGCAGACCAGCAAUCGCUACCACCUGCAAUGCUAUCGUGGCAUUUGACAAGCUGCUUGGCCAAAUCGUUCCAUGAAGUAUGUGUCGAGCAGCUGCAAAGAGAGGCUCAAAGGAAGAGCAUUGUUGCAGAAAUCCCGCUAAUUCUAUCUUGGAAAGACUCUGCAUCGAUGGCUCACCCAUUUCCGUUGCUUUCGGGAUUCUAUCGCAAUUACAGUGAGGCUGGUCUCCCUCGCUACGUGUUUGCGGGCUCCAUGGAAAGUGUGGACGCUGCCGUGACAACAUCAAGUCUAUACUGUCUCGCUACACUAAUGGACGUGGGCGAUAAGUUGGCCAGCUUACCCGAUCUGGCCAGCAGAACUAGUAUGGGCGAAGUUGAUGAUUCUGGGACAAGAGUUCCGUCUGUAUCUGAUGCUCUUCCUCGCAUAUCGUUGGCGAAUGUGGAAGUGUCUGUUUGGCUCGGUUGUAUUCGCUUAUUCCUUCCAAGCGAACGUCUCAUGGAUGGCAUCAUGUUGGUACGGCCAGUUUCUGGGAAUGCAUUUGUUGUGCUGGAAUCAUUGUCAGUGGCAUCUGCCGCACGAAAUGACAUUUCGUUGGAUGGAUUGGGCUACCCUCCAUUCAACUCGAGAGUCCUGCCGAGGCGAGCUACGGUUCAAGCACAGCGAUUUGGCCAGUCACAGCUGCGGAUCGGGUGCAGAGCCGGAAAGAUUACGGGGUAUGUUGCUGAGUUGAAGUUUGGCGACUUCGAAAUGCCUGCUGGCAAAUCGCACACAGAGGCGGGCCCGUUUGAGAGUCAUAUCGGCCGUAUGGCGGGAUGUGUUGCACGCUUCUCAGAUGUCGAGACCUUUUGGUCGCCGCUCAACCUGAUAUGCAGUCUUGAAGAAGAACCGUUUGUCACCGGUGAUGGCAAGGAUGCAGGCGUGAAGACCGUGGCCACUCUUGCAUUGACCAAGUGGAGACUUGACCUUCACAAAGUAGUGUUUGACACGUUGAUUGCUCGAGUGUUGGGGGUAAGUCAAGGAAUAAGUGUCUUAAGUCGAUCACUUGUGAUACCGGCACGAGUCGCGCAGCUUUCGACAUUGCAGAAGCAUUUUCCAGCACUCGAGCGGACGCACCGACGAGCAGUAUCGUUCUCGUGCGACGGGAUCGAGAUACAAAUGUUUGAGCCGAACAGAGCCACGCAUAUCCGCAUCGGGGCCGUCGCCCUGGUGCACGACAGUUCGACGCUUUCCGGCAGUGCGUCCAUCCAAAAUUUGGCAGUAGGCUACCGAGCAAACGAGGGUGCACCAAGCUCGACACACAAUGAUGUUGCAAUAGAAGAAGUGGUUUUUGGUGCAAAUGCAGAGCCAAGCUUGUGGCAUUUGUCGGUGGAAAACUAUCCCGAGAAACUGAUUGCUGCAAGGUGGAAUUUUGGAGACCGCUCGGAUAGAACGCUUUUUCUUGAUGUGCAAGCCGUCCAACUGCACGUAUCGGAUCAUUUCGUGCAAGAGUCGUCCCGCUUUACUCACUCCGAACCUACCUUUGUCUUUGCAAAGCUCUAUCGAGAGGAGAAAAGCAGCGAGCAGCUAGUUCUAUCUAGGAAUAACAAGUCCUUCGCUUUCCGUCCAAGAUGGAGCAUCAAGGUGCUUGUAGCUCCAAGUGUAAUAUCGUACUGUGGUCGAGCUCAUGCGGAAGGGAGGGCGGCUGGCAUUUGGAUAAGGUCCGGUCAACUGUUCGCGAGCGCGGGAGUUGGUAAUAAUGACAAGACCCAGCAGUCGAUCCUUUCAUAUGGACAAAGCGUAAAUGAGAUUACCCGUUUUGUUGUUGUACCCACCCUGGAAGUGAUGGUGAAUAUCGACAAGCUUGGGGUAAACACUACUUGGCAGGAGUUUUCGAAAUAUAUCAGUGUUGUGUCCGAGGCUCAACGCCUGCUACAUGACUGCAGCGUUCGGAUUACCGGAGGACAGCAUCAAAUGCUUGAGCGAGUUGCUGUCGGAGACAUAGGAGUCUGUUUGCUGUACACUGAUAUGGUCCGGGUGAAUGUUCAGGCCGAAGUGAACGCUCUGCGCGUGAAGAUCUCAUCUUUCUCGUUGGGCGCUAUACAUUCUCUGUUACGUGCGCCCUCAGUGAGCGACAAGCAAUGUGACAAGCAUUCUUACAGCUCACCUGGUUGCACUAGUGCUGGUCAUGCGAGUGGGUUUACUAGCUCUCGAAAUCAUGCAUUGAAAAGUUUACAGGAAUCUUCAACAGACGACUUUAAGAUGCUAAGGCGAGUAGCGGUAGGACGACGACCUUCGCCCGGAGAGCUGGUGUUCAUGGAGAGUCUUAUGAUUGAAACGACGAGCGUAGUUUCGACUGAUACGUCCCCGACUGCAGGUGCUAAUGUUCAGAUCCAGCUCGACCCAAAUAAAUUUGGUAUCAAGCUAGCGGAUACGGUGGCUUAUAUCGAGGACUGCAAUGAGCCAUGGAUCGUCGAAGAGCAUGAACUUGGUAGCGAGCCGUCGUUAUGCACGGGCAUGGGCAACAAAACACAUAGCUGGGUGGGGAUGCGCUGGUGCUACCACAUACCACGUAAGGUCCAUAAGAUUGUUGCAAACGCUGUGCCUCAUCCUCCUACUGGAGUCUUGAAGGGAUGGCCUGUGUGGAGCUGGGACCAGAGACAAGACAGAGAUGCAGACCGACUUUGCGAUAUUCUAUGUCAGUUGAGGUGCUGGGACAGCAAGAGAACAUGUUAUGCUGUCGUGUGCGAGUUCUACGUUCCGUGGGAAGCCGCAUCGGCAACUACGGGUUCCGACAGGUCGGACGAUGCUAGUGAACCAGAAACGUUCAUUGAGUUAAUGAACCAGUGGUUCGACGAUGAUGUGGAGAAAGCACGCUAUCGGUCGAAACUGCUUGAGUUCGGUGCUCGAACGAGGACGUUCUCAUUUGAUAGCAAUCUUCCUUCAGACAACUGGGAGCUAAGAUGGAGGGCGCCAUUACAGGGUGAACAAGAGCUCGAGAGCAAGCAGAAGCGUCUUGAAAUAAAUGCCUUGCUUGCAUCAUCACUGCAGGUGUAUUCUGUGCUGACGUUGGACGCCUACCAGCGCAUUGUAGGAACUGUCACACUUCCACGAACUACGCUUUCUGUCAGCCAUGUGGGCUCUGAAAACGACUCUUAUGAUAUAGUAACCGCCGAGCUGAAUGAAACGGUGAUCUCGUGUGCGACUGCUGGUAGUCGUCACACCAGGACGCUGAACGUACGCUUGUCUUCAUCGAUGCAAGCGUAUCUUGACAACAUGGCUCAGCUACUUACUGUAUCGAUCAUUCCGCGGACUGCAAUUGAAGCGACGGUUGAGAUUUCUUCGAAAGGCGUUGAGCUUACGACACGGGUCGGUCCAGUCUCCAUCCAUCUCAAUCAGACAACAAUGCUUGUGCUGUCAGCGAUUCCAAAACUCCUGCAGGCGAAGAACGAAGCUUGCGAGGGUAGGCGAGUGAAUCCGGACAACAAGCUGCGCAAUAUGCGCAUAAAGGUUGUCAAUUGCUCAGGUAUGGGUGUCUGGUAUCGACAAGAAGGAACCCCUGAGUGCUUGUUCGUGGCUGCAGACACCAGUGCGGCAUAUAGCUGGCUCUCCUUGGCAAGCAGCCCUUUUUAUCAGAUUUGCUUCGCUAUGGACGACACGAACGAGAAGGUGGCUGAAACACACAAUCGCGAAAACAAGGAAGCCGAUGGUGAGUCAGAGACGCAUACCAAUCUUCACUGGACUUCGCUGCCUACCGACUUUGACCCGAUGCAAUCUCAGGUGUCGUGGCGGUACACUUGGAUGGAGGUUUCAUUGUGGCCUGCUAUCAGUGCAGAGAAUAUGCUGGACUUUCCAGUAGCAAUCUCCUUUGCACAGAAGGCCACCUUUGUCGAGUUGGAGAUCGCUCCUUCGACUGAGAAAAGUUUGGCUAUAAUCAAUCCAUGUGAGCCAGUAGACGUGCAAUUGCGGUAUGAUCCAAGUUCCUGUAGUGCUCAACCCGUCGCAGAGUCACUGAUGUUUUGUAUCGCCAACGAAGAUUCGAGUGAACAUGUCACUGUAUUCGAGGGCUGCAAAGUGGUCGUGAGCUUUUGCAAGGAUCGUCACCCGAUGGUUCGAAUCCGAAUCGAACGCAGUCUCAGCAUUGCAAAUAUGACGCCAAGUAUUUUGGCCAUCAAUAUUAGCAGCCCUCCUGGAGAUCGACGAGCUUCGGAGAAGAUUGGCUCAUGCGCUGAACGCUCCGUCGGGUGUCGAAUAGUUGGCACCUACUUGGUGAUCUCGAUAGCGACACUCCAAGACUUAAACAACGAGGCGGGUUCGAUGAAUUGGUCUCCGGAGAUCUCACUUAAUGUGAAAGGUGAUGCGAAACCAGUCGUUGUGCCAGCUGUGGGGCCAGGACCGUCAAGUUUGGUCAAUGCAUACUGUAUCGAAAUGGUCAACCGAGAUGGCUUCCUGAAGCUCGUCAUCCGUCCACAAGUCGUGAUGGUCAACUCAACGAGUUGCUCGCUGGUAUGCGCUCCUACAGAUCGCGAAGGCCGCAUAAUGAAUGAAGACAAACCGUCGCUGAUACCACACAACAACCAUGGAUGGUGUGUGCCCGUAUAUCUACACAAAGAAGAAGAAAAGAAAGGCUUUACUGCUGGUGUGUCGUCCUGGUUUAGCUCCAAGCUGUCAAGGCAUCCGGGCGAGGAUGCCGUGAAGGCUUCGAACCAGGUCUUAGUAACAAGAAUUUCUUGCUCGUUUCGGGUAAGUCUGGUGGAAGAUGGUUAUAGUUGGACAGAGGAGAUAUCGGUGAUGCUCCCGGAAGCCUCUCUUCUGGCUGAUCCCGUCGGCAACUUGGAAAGGGUUGAGGCGCGACCACUAUCGACCUCAUCGAAAAACACCGAUAACCUAUAUCCAGUCCCCUCUACGACCACUCACCGAAGGCGCUUACUGAUUCGCCACCGUGACUUCAGACACAAAAUGCUGACGUAUACAGUGACGCAAAACGGGAAGUCGAUUCAGGUACUCUUCUUCGAUGAUCACCAGCCGCCUGUGGUAAUCUACAACCAGUGUCAAAGAGCGCUGGGCUUUCGAAGUGUGUCGUUCUCAUCGGACCCAGAAGGCGUUGGCGCAGCCUUCUACCUCGAGUACGACUGGGACCUACAGAUAUCUCAGAGGCGGCGCAAAUCGACGCAAAAACAAGCAGAAGAUAUUCCUAAAAGGAGCGAUGAGGACGCUAACGAACUGCUGAGCGGCUGGCUACGAGACUCACAAUCGCUAGAAAGCGUGCCCAUGUCUGACUCGAUAAAGAAUGACCGUAUGCGUUUCCAGAUCGGAUUGCCGCAAUACGGGUGGUCGAACGCGCUUUGGCAAGUCGGUGGGAUUCAGUUUGCGUCGUUCACGAAUGAGAAAGAGGGCGCGGUCGAUACAGCAACUCCCACCUUCUUGGUUAUGUGCCUGUAUCGAGCAGGAUCGUGGGUGAUAACCAUCACCUGUCUGGAGGACCCAACGCGUGAUAGUCACGCGUUGGGUCAAGCGCCAUCAUUAAUUUCGCCUGCAAUGGCAUCGCCGGCAACAUUGCAGGGUAUUAAGCCGACGUCGCUGAGAGUUAGUUUGGUCGUGGAGGAGUUGUCUCUUCGUUUCUGCGACGAAUACGACCCCGUGCAGGAUGAGAGAGGUAUGAUCGUUUACCCAGAGAUUCUGCGGUUGACUUGUGAUGCAGUAUCGGCUGUGUUUGCUACGGCUCCCGAUCCGCCUGAGGUGUCCCUUCACAGUGCGCGUUUGGGCUAUUUGUCACACAUCCGAUCGUACACGACCGUUUUUGUUGCGAUCGGUGACAUUGAAGUGGGGCAUUCCUUGAAUACUUGCAACUUCCCGUUGAUUCUCUGCUUUCAAAAAACUCAUGAGUCAAAGAAAUUGCUGCAACUAGAUCUAGUCGGCAAUCUCCUUGGCAAACAGUUGCCAGGGAAGGAGAAUGUGAGCCUACUCGCCAGGGUCAUUUACGUGGAUACAUGGGAUCCGGUCAAUGUUCCGUCUUACUUCCACACUGUUGAGCUGAAGCUGUCCCCGGCCGUCCUGCAGGUUGAAGACGACAUCUUGUCGUACAUGAACGCGUUCAUCCGUCCAAUGCUUGACGCCUUUGGAGGGGAAGCUGCUUCAGGCAUGAUUGGCAAAUGUGGAACUCGAGACUGCGAAACUUCUCAUGACGACGUCUGGAGCUUGUAUGCAUACGAAUCAGCGAUGAUAUCAACGCAGCGCAAAGUGUACAUCGAACAUCUCGAAAUCAGCAACAUUGAUGUGAUCAUCACUGCGCGUGUAUCGAUUCCUGUUCUGAACAGUUUUGAUGGCACACCGUUGCACUUCGGGUCGACCAAGUUGCGAGACGUGUUUUCUUUCCCUGACCAGCUAUACAAGGAUUUGGCAGCGGACUAUGUGGCCGAUACGAUUGUCCGCUCUCCAUUGCUUUUGAUGUCGCUGAACAUUAUCGGCAACCCCGCAGGUUUUGUACGAAGUUUUGGCCAGGGAGUUCGAAACCUUGUCGAAAUUCCCCUAGCUGCGUCCAAAAAAGGCUACAAUCCGUGGUUGCUUACGAAGGGCGUCGUGGGCGGCGUUGCCUCUUUUCUGGGCCAUGCAACGGUAGCAACGCUUACCUCUGUGUCUGGCUUUUCAUAUUCCAUCUCGCGAACGGUAGAUCAACUUACAUUGCCAGUGGAUCAGCUUCGGAAGCGCCAUUACAUCCGACCGACCCAUUUGUCAUCAGCUCUUGCUGAAGGUUUGGGAGCGCUGGGGUCGAGCGUGGUCGGUGCUGCAGCCGGCGUAGUCACUACUCCGAUUGCUGUCUACAAGGAACGCCAGAGACAAGGUCUUGACACUGGACUUCGAAAUGUAGUGGGCGGUGUCGGCAUGGGCUUGGUCGGUAUUGUCGCUCGACCUAUGGGUGGCGUAGCAUCGCUUGUGUCUAUGGCAUCAGAUGGUCUGCUCUACGGGAUAAAUAGCAACCAAACGCCAUUUUCCGACUCAGCCUCGCGUGUCGGUGCACAGCCCAACGAACUGCUCCGUUACAAGCUCAAAGUACUGCCGGACGAAGUUGGAAGUAACCUGGUAUUUGCGCAUGGUAUUUGGGUUGUUUCGGACGAGAAUCAGCUGACCGUUUCUGGGCAGAGCCUUGACUUCAUAUCAAGUGGGCAUCUGGAUGCGCCAGAAAAUGAAUCGCUAUGUAGCCUUUUGCUGCCAUGCGAUAAGUCGCGUCGUCUGGUUCAAGUGACGUUAGUAUGUUCGAACAUCUGCGUGUAUGUCGUGGGAGUCAGCGGUGCGCACUAUGACGCUGUGCUCGUCCGCACGCUGCUGGAAUCGAUCAAGGCAGUCGAAGAAAGUCUCACGGAACCGACCGUUUUUGAUCUGGGCAUCAAGACACUGGCAAGUGCAGAGUGGUUGCGCUUUCGACUUUUACCACGACAACGACGGCUUCUGAGCCACCAACUGCGGCUUUGGAUGGAUGAAGACUCCGUUUUGUAG